AGGAAUAACAAAGACAUGCAUAUGAGUGAACUAUUAGUUAACUUACCAAAACGUUGGAACUACCAGCCGUUAACCUGUGACUUGUCUACUGGUCGUAGACAAACGCGAACGCUAACGUUACAACCCGUGAGCUCUCCGUUACGUCGCAGCAGCAGAAUAAAGCAGAGUAAACAUUCACCAGGUUCGGAAAGCGAUAGCAGUAGUGUCAGUGGCAUUAGCCAAACAGCCUGGAAACCGAGAUCUCGAACAUCGACUAUGGAUUUUACUGCUUUGGAUACAGUGAGGAAACUACGAACUAGAAAGUCCUCCAUUUCCUCGGACGUUGAGGUGGACAACGAUACUCCGCAAACAUCUGGAAAACGAAUGACAAGGCGGGGCUCGAUUGCUCCUGUUGGCACACCUACCAAGGUCAACACUCGAGCAACUAGUAAACGCCACGUGCGCGCUGUCUCUGAGGUAAUGUCACCACUUAGGGUCACACGUAGUACGAGAGCCAGCUCUGUUGAUCCAGAAUCUUUGUUCGAUCAAAAUAAGAGUCGAUCGGAUUCACCAGUUAACGUACGCAGGCAAGCGACUAUGUUGCCGUCGAGUUCUCUAGCCAAAGAGCAAAUUCCAUUGAAGGAUCGUGUGCCCUAUGUACGAUUGGAUGCUACAAUAGUUGAAACUGAUGAAAUCACAAGUAUGGGAAACUCUGAUUCUUCUCCAGAUAAAGCAUCACGUUUGCCGCAAGAGAUUAAAAAACGUCAAAGUAUGGAUAAGGAUAAAGUUGAGGGUGAUAGCCAUGAAACGUUAGAGACUUCAACUGAUUCGUCAAAAAGUGAAACACAAAUUAAGGACAUAGAUAGAGCAACAGUGAAAAAUAUAGAAAAUAUUGCUGAAGAAAAAGACGUGUUUGAAAAAAGCUCAUCAUCAUCAACCCCUGUUAUAAUAGAGGACAUCAAUUCGUCUUUGUCAAGCCAUCCAAAUUCUUCGAAGAAAAACAAUAUAAAUAUUGAAAAGAAUCUGUCCGAUAUUGAAAAAUCAUUAAUUGACAUAUGUAAAUCGCCUGAAGUCCUAAAGUCUUCUAAAGGAAAUAUAUCUGAAAUUUUAUUGGACACUUCUACUGAAGAGCAAAAGAGUGACAAGGAAAAUGAAAUACUGAACAUUAAUAACGACGUAUCGGUAGAAAAGAGUAUGCAGCCUAAUGUGACAUCGAGCAUUAACCGUUUUGCUUCGUCCUUUUUGAAUAAAUCAUUAGGUGAAAAGGAAACUAAAUCUAUGAAAGAAGAACUAAGUGAGAGGCGUCAUUCGAGUGAAAUAACAGAAACUGCAAUUAAACAUGAUUUAUUAAGAGAAGUUACCAAUAAUCCUCAAGAAAAGAUGGAUAUUUCUACAGAAUCUUUAAGUUCAACUGGCACAAGUAAAUUACAACGUUAUGGUAAAGUUGGCAAAGUUAUUAACAAAGAUGAAACAUAUAUUGAAACUAUAGGUACGUCUUUUAACGAGGACACAACGAAAAUGGCCAGCGAAUUAGAUAGAAAUGAAUGUACUGUUAUAGAUAAUAAAAAUUCUAACGAAAUCAAGUCCAAUAACGUAAAUGAAAUUACUAUAACUCAAGAUGAAGUAAUGGACAAAUUCGAUUCUAUAGAAGAGAAACAGGAACAGGAAAAUUUAUCUAAACGUGUAACGAAGUCAACUGACUCUUCUAACAUUAUCUUGGAAACCAAUGAUUCCGCAUGUGAUAACUCGAUCGAUACAGUAAUUCAAAUUGCCCAGUCUUCUAAUGUAAUGGAAACAUCUAAAAAAUCUGCAAUGGAUUUAUCACCUGAGAAAACAGAUGCAAACGAUAUUUUGCAGGAAAAGAUCAUGAAACAGAACUUGGAGCAGGAGAGUACAAAUGUAUUGGAUGUUUUAGAGACAGAACAGGGGAGUUUACAAAUGAAAUUGAGUCAAAACGAUAAAACAAAUAUAGAAUGUGCUUCUGAUGUUCCUGAUGUAGAAGGUAUUGAUUUGUUCCAAGAUAUUCCCGCUGACGAUUGGAGGGAAAAAAAUAAAGUCGAUCCAGUUCAGUCUUCCUCUCAAUCCGUGAAGCAGAUGGAAAGUGACAAUAAAGCCGAAUGUGAACUUAUUUUGGUGGAUAAACAAGCAUGGUUGGCGGCUGAAAGGAUGAAAGCAGCAAAGGAGGCGGAAUCUUUUGAAUAUGAUUCUGACGACACCGUCUUAUUGAAAAGUCAAUUGGACGCGGUAAAGGCGAAUUAUGAUGUUAAAAAAUUGGAUACUGUAGAUGAAGAACCGAUGGAUAUUGAUAGCGAAGAAAACGAGAAACAAGUUAAAAAGCGAAAAAUAAAAACCAAGAGGAGAAUUCAAACUGAGAUAGAUGAAGAUUCUUAUAGCACAGGUAGCACAAGAUAUGAAGAUAAUUAUGAUGAUAAAUCUUUCAACAAGUCCAAAACAGCUUUAAAUCAAACUAAUGACCGAUCUAUUUCUGAAUUAAAUAAAUCAGAGCAGUCUAUAAGACUAAGACGAUCUUCCAAAGCAAGCGAUGAAUCGGAUAAAGAAAUAGAAAAGGAUACAAGUAGAUUAAAAAGUUCGUUAAUAAGUAAGAAAGAUAUGUCUUUACGGAAAUCGAUGGAAAGAAGACCAUCAUUCAAUAAAUCUUCAGAAGAUACGCAAACUAUUGCUGCAAAUAACUCUCGAAUAGAUGAUGAAGAGAAAGAACUCGAAAACACAUAUGUACCUAUGGGGAAAUUACACAAGAAAGCAGAUUUGCGGAAAGACUCAAUGAGGAAGUCAUGUAAUGAAGAUGUGAAUGAUGAUUUAACCAAAUUUGAAAACAAGACCGUAUCAACUAAUGAUAGUAAAGAAGUUAAAAAUAUAUCCUUAAAUCGUUCUAUUGAUCAGAAAUCAAAGCCAAUAGAUACAAAGAUAAUACAUUUAAACGAUGAUGAAAGUGACAAUAGCGAUAUAAACACAGCAAUGGAUUUGGAAGCUCCUCAUUCUAUGGAAGCAAAUUCAGGCUCGCAGAGCAGUGAUCAAGAUGAACUUAGUGUUCCAAAUUACUUGUUUGCAGAAACAAAUACCGAUAACGCUAUUGAUGAUAGUAACAGCGAUAGUGAUGACAUUAGCGAUUUGUUAUUGUUUGUUAAUGAUGUUAAUGAUGACAGCAGCAGCGAUACUGAUGAUAGCAAUUCUGAUGACAGCAAUUCUGAUAUCAAUAGAGAAUAUAAUCUGGAUGGAGUGGAACAAAAAUUCUCCGAUGAUGAUGACCGAUUUGCUGAUGAAUGCAGAAUAUCAGAAGAAGAAUUUUCAGAUUCCGAUGACAAUGGUUCAGAUCUCAAUGAUUUCAUAGUCAAUGACAAUGACAUAGAAGAUGAGGAGGAAGAAGAAGCUGAAGACAUGCAAGUUAUGAAAGAAACAGAUGAAAGCGAAAAUGAGCAAAAUGAAGAGGAUGACAAAGCUGCACAUAACGAAGAAGUAGAAGAUGAAGAAGAACAAGUACAUAUUGGUACAGAAUCAGUGAUAAACAUGGAAGAUGAAAAUAAUGAGGAUAAUGAAGAUAUUCAGGAAAAGGAUCGUACAGCGAACAGAGAAGAGGAUAGAAAGGAAAACAAAUUUGCCGGAAUAGAGACUAUUUCUCCAUACGCUAGUACCUCUGGUAAACUGUCUAAAAUGAAACGAGACAUCAAACUGAAGAAAUCCAAAAUGGAGAAAACUGAAAAACCUAUUUUACUGGAGUCAUCAAAUUCAGACUUGUCAACUAAGAAGAAAAAUAAAUCUCUUACGAAGAAAGGUGAUAUUUUGUCAGAUUCCUUCAAUUUAAUCUCUUCAUCGAUUGAAAAGAAAAAGAAAUCGGAUCUAAAUCUUGACAGCUCUAAGAAACUGGAACUUGAUGAAACAUUUCAAAAAAUUUCAAAGAAUGAAGAUAUUAAGUCAGACAGUACACCUAAAAUACAGAAUACUUCGAUUCAGGAGGAGAAAUCAAAGGACUCUACAUUAAAUGAAAAUAUCAAUUUGAAGAAGCUUAGUCAUGCAAAUAGAGAAAAGAUGUCAUACGAUUUUUCACCCGAGUUGUUGAAAUUGGUAGAAACGCAAAGAUUCUCUCGAUUAACACCUAAGACAAAAUCACGUAAAACAAUGAACAUCAAUAUCGAAUCACCAACAAUAAAGUUUCUUAGAAAAGAGAAGUUAAACGAAAGUGCGCCAACAUUGAACUUGAAUGCAGAAAUCGGGUCGUUGUCUACGAAAAGGGAGGAUACUGCACAAAUAAAAAUAAAACAAAACAGUAGUAACAACGAAGUGUCUGAUUUGGUAAUACUGUGUGACAAUGUCAAACAAAAGCAUAGUAAAAAGAGACAGAAAAAGCGCAAGAGAGGAGACACAUCGAGGGAAAAUAUUACUGAUGACAUUUUAUCCGAAGAUGCAACACAAUUUGUUCCUAAAAAGAAGAAACCUGUCAAGUUUACUCACUUAACUAUUGGAGACGAUAAUAUUCGCGAAGAUGCGUACCAGAUUAGUGAGAAAAAGAAGAAGAAGAAGAAACAAGGCACAUCAAAAGAAGAUAUCACUGACAAAACUUUGCUUGAUGCUACAGUUGAACCAGUGAUUCCUAAAAAAAAGAAAUCUACCAAGCUUACUCAAUUAACUAUUAUAGACGAUAAUAUCCAUGAAGAUGCAUGUCAAAUUAGUCGGAAAAAGAAGAAGAAACAAAAUGUAUUAAAAGAAAAUGUCGACGAAAUUUUAUCUGAAAACGCAAAGGUAAAAUUAAAGAUUCCUAAAAAGAAGAAACUUGGCAAGCUUACUCAAUUAACUACUAUGGAUGAUAAUAUUUGCGAAGCUGCAUCAACUAAUGAGAAAAAGAAGGAGAAGAAACAAGAUACAUUAAAGGCAAAUAUCAUUGAAGAAGCUUUAUUUGAUGAUGUAGAGUUAAAGAUUUCUAAAGGAAAGAAACGUGCUAAACAUAUUCAGUUAUCUGUUGUAGAGGAUAAUACUUGUGAAGAUAUGUCUCCGAUUAAUUGUGAAGAUAUGUAUCAGAUAAAUGAGAAAGAAAAGAAAAAGAAGAAGAAACGAGAAACACCAAAGGAAACUAUUACCGAAAAAUCUGUAUCCAAUGAUACAGUAGAAUUAAUGAUUCCUAAGAAGAAAAAACGUGUUAAGCUUAGCCAAUUAGUUCUGGAGGAUAAUACCUACGUAAAUGCAGAUAUGAUUAAUGAGACAGGAAAGAAAAGGAAGAGAAGAGAAACACUAGAGGAAAAUAUUGAAAAAGCUACUUCUGAGGACGCGAAAGAAUUACACAUUUCCAAAAAGAAAAAACGUGCUAAUCACAAUCAAUUAACUAUUGUACAAGAUAAUUCUCCUGAAGACACCUAUCAGAUUAAGGAAAGAGAAACGAAGAUAAAGAAGAAACAAAUUAACGUAGCUGAAGAGGAUGAAAAUGUGAACAAAGAUAAUAUACCUCAAAAAUAUAUUUGUAAGAACAAACAGGAGUUAGUACAGCAGAAGAAGAAACAUAAAACUGUAAGCAAUUUGAAGGUGGACUCGCCUACAGAUAAGUAUGUGAUAAAGAAGAAAACUAAACGGCAAGAGACAGUGGAAGUUAUCGAGACUUUGCAGACAGGAAAAAAGAGGAAUACUUUGCCAGUGCGGAUUCCAGUUUCAAAAUUAAAGUCUGAUAAAGACGUGUCUCGUAAACUACUACGAGAAAAUACAAUGGAUGCAAGAAAAUCAACAAAUGUAGCCUAUACUAUUAAAAAACUGAAUAAAGCUACUACAAAGGUGCACACUCCUAAAGAAUUGGAAGCGAAGAAGAAACCUAGCAAAAGACCAGUUAGCGGACAAUUGAGAAACAAACCUAUAUUUCUGCCAUCACCAGAACGUUGUUUUACAGCCGGCUUAAAGCGACUUUCGAAUGAUAUGUUAGAGAAUCUUACGGAUGCGCCAACGAGAGCGAAGAAGAAACGAAAAGUCUCACGAAACGAACAACAAAUGUCGUCAGUUGCGAUGAAUGAGGUAACUACCGCCGAUUAUGAUGGUUGCGCCACGCAGUUCUCUGCAGUAAACUUACAGAAUACUAAAAAACAAUUGUCGGAAGGAGCUGCCAUGGCAGCUUCGUUCAGGCAACGCAUGCUUGAUAGAAAUAAGCGAGAACCAAAUUUAACCUACAUAAUGUAUAAAAUGAACUCGUUUAAAAAAUAGAUAUUUCGUUAAUGUGUAAAGGAAAGUUACGAGAUAGGUUCCUAAUAUAAUAGCGAACGGUUGUUUAUACUAGUGCGCACUGAGUGCACUAAGGUUUAUUUAUAGUUAAUUCUUAUAUUUAACUUUCUAAUACAUGUCCUAAAUACAUGUUCAAAGAGUAUUUAGCCAAGAAAUGAUUCGUAUGGAUGCCAUGCAGAUCAUUUCACUGGCUAAGAAAUGUUCCAAGAGAUAUUUAAGACAAUCUUUAAAUAUAAGAAUUGACUAUGAACAAACCUUAGUACACUCUGUGCGCGCUAGUACAAGCAACCGAAGUCGCUUCGAGACAGGUUUUCAACAUCCACUUUCACAAAUCCUUUUUGCAACAGUUACAUGCUACACGAAUCUAACUAUGAAUUUUCCACUAAGCAGAUUUUACUUCUAGGUUAAUAAAUUCAUGGUGGAACUACGAAUAAUGCCUAUUUAGCAGAAACCCCGCUCUCAUAUUAAGAACCUGUCUCCUGUCUCACGAUAAGGGACUCUAUUAACCAUGUUACUUUCUGAAUGUAUAAUGUAUUAGUCUGAAUUUAAAAGGAUGACGAGACUUGUAAAAUUUAAGUUCUUUAAGUUAUGCAUUUAUGGUUUAUUAAUCUUAUCGCUGUUCAACACACUUCCCCGAAGUAAAUUACUUUGUAAUAAUGUUCGAAGAAAAUAAUUGUAUCUUUUGCAUGUAUUACUGUAUAACAUUUAGUAUAUUUAUGUACGUAAUAAGCCGCAGUUACUAAAAUUUACGAAACAAGAUAUU